GUGUUAUAUCGAUUGUUGUCAUCGAAAAACAUUCAUCUCUGUUAGUUUGCAAUACAAACGCUAACAUAAAAUAUAUAAAGAGUUAAUUAAGGAAAUAAUAACAACAGCUCAAUUACCGUUAUGUGGUAACUUGAAACAUACGGACGAAGCAUAUUAUAAAACCUUGAAACAACCUACUGCUGAAAAUAAUAAAAUGAGUACCGACAGCGCCGAGGAAACGGUGACCCAUACCAACGUUCCGCAUAUGGAAAUCAACGUAUCAAACACCAACAUCAGUGGCCAGGUCGUUUUAAACGACGUGCUGCUUAUGGAGAUGCUCAGCCGGUAUCCCUUCCUCAUCAUAACCGAGGUGGAGCCCCAAAUGGACGAUGACUACGACUCCUGGGGAUGGAAUCAGCUGGCCAAGUCCUUUAACCAAAAGUACGAGGGCGUUGAGCUUAGUGCUCCGUUCUCCGUGACUGAACUGCAGCUGCGGUGGGUGAAACUGCGUCCGCUGAUCAGUGCUUUGUCUGGUGCCCCUGGGCAAAUCCCUGAUCCCCUGUGGCGGGUGAUGAACAACGUGCACAACCGCAUGCAAGCGGAGAAGCCGACGAAUGUGCCCAAAACCAAGUGCCAAGAGUUCCUUCUCAGUCAGUUGAAUUUAGUGAAAUCUCUGUCGCAAUCGGGACGCCGGCGUUUAGAAGUAGAGGUCCUCGACCUCAUUCUAGAGCAGGAGCGCCUAGAGAAAGCCACUCAAAAGCUUGGUCCCAAGGAGCUAGAGACCGCUCAGAGCGAAUACGACGAGUUUCUUAAAGCAAUACGGGUUAAAGAGCUUCCAGCAGACACUUUACUCCGUCCGGCAAUGUAUAGAUUCCGCAUUAGUCCUCACUCAAAACAGAAUAUCGUAAAUGCCAAUGGAAGGAAUGCGGGGACUAGCAAGACAAUCAGCGAUAAUUAUGUUAGCAAUGGAUCAAAUGAUGUAGAAAUCAAAACAGAAAAAGCGGACGAACCUGUAACUCAAGGUAAAAAAAAAUUUGACGACCGACCGACUGAAACACCGCGCUACGUUCCACUUAAAAGCGCGAAAUAUUACAUUAAAAGUUGUCGCAUCCGGGUGAAGCGAGUGGAUUUUAAGGAUUAUGUUCCUUUAGUCAGAAUCCGGCGUUCCAGGCGGCCUACGCUGAGAACAUGACUUUCUUUCGUAUAAAAUGCACAUAAGUUUAUUAAAAAAUACAUUACUAUAAAUUACAACUUAAAACUAUUGUAUAA